AUGAAGUUGAAUUCAGCUUAAUCGCAAAAAGCACUUCAAACAGAGAUUAGUCACGCUAACAAACUAAUUAUUCUCGAAGAGUGGAAUUUUAUAUGUAUAUAUAUUCUUGAUUUUGAAAGCCUUUAUUUAGAGGUCUAUGCACCGUCCUACCAAUAUUUUCUAAAUAAGCAAUUCAAAGAUACAAUUAAAAAAGGAAUUAAAAGUCUGUCUCACCCAAGUUAAGAACAACAUGGAGUCUAAGUCGUUUAAAAAUCGGCGAUGGCUACGAUCGAUUAUAAAUUUCAUUGUUUUAUACUUUAACAAUUGUUGUGUUCAUGGUUUCCGAUAUCUUGUCCAAACAAUGCUGGUUGUCUUUGAAAAAUUCCUAUGGUUUGUCUUGCUGUUUGUCUCAAUUUAUUUCUGUAUUAUUGUGUGCCUAUCAUCUAUUGAUCGUUACUAUACGAAAAGCACACAUAUCGGAUUGGAGCGAAACUACCACUUUUGGAACACCACCUUACCGAGUCUAACAAUAUGCCCAAUGGAACGCCUUGACAAUACAUUGUUUGCUGAUUAUUGUCGGAAAAACGGCAUUAAGGGACCAGAGAAGGCAAUUUUUUGGGACUUUCUAGAGAACUUGGCCAAUUCUACGUACGUGAAUUUUCAAAACAUACCCCAGAGCGAUCAGAUCGAUCAAAUAAUUAAGGACAUAGGCCUGAAGCCGGAACACUACAUGGAGGUUAUCUACAAUCUAACCGUGGACUCAACUUACACCCCAAGCGAAGUCAAUCGCACCCGCUGUGUCGAUGGUCAGACUUUCAUUCAUGUCCGACAGGUUCUCACGGAGUACGGACUGUGCUACCUGGGAAACUCUAGGUUGGGCGAAAAGUACAGUUCCCGGUAUUUGAUCUUCGGAAAGUAUCCCGAGUUCAACAAAUACGAGCACGAGCGUAGGCUUAUUCAAUAUCUGGAGGGUUCGUUUUUUGAAAAGGACGUUCAGUAUACACUAAUGGGUUUUUCCAGCCCGGCAUUGGAUAGUUACAUACAUUCUGCAUUCGAAGUAAUGAAAGUGGACACAAAUUUCGGUUAUACAACAGACGGAGUGGUGUACGAUCCAAUCUCCAAAGAGAUUACUGCUGAUGAUAACCUGGAAAGGCAAACCACCAUCACAAUGAGAAAAUGUCGGUUUUACCACGAAUCCAAUUUGACCCAUUUUCCAUUCUAUACUAGAAAUGUUUGCAUGCAAGAGUGCCGAAUCAAUCUGGCAUACAGAAUAUGUAAAUGUAUACCCCACUUCUACCCCAAUCGCAUCGCAAAUCCGAAGCCGGUGUGCGAUUACAAAACUUUAAGAUCCUGCUUUCCUCGUCAUGCAAGUUUUUUUCUACAACUCUACGAGGAAAAUGGAAAGCACGAGAAGCCCGAAACAUGCUAUUGCGAACAGAACUGCCGUGACUCUGUAGUUACUACAAGAGCCGCCCUCCCAAUGUUGGGAUCAAAACAAUUACUUGGAAGUAUUGGAAGCACCGUAUCUGUCAAAAACUGGCCACAAAAUCGACUUAAGCGUCAAGUUAUAUUUUCAAUGACCGAUCUGUUAGUUUCAAUCGGCGGAACGGCAGGACUGUUUCUUGGAUUCAGUGUUUUGGGCUUCGUUGAAGUUUUAUACUUCUUUACAAUUAGGUUGAUCUGGCAAACACUGGGUUACCGGCUUUAAAAUAAAGCAG